AUGGCUCGUAAAAAGAGUUUGGCUAAACGAACGGAAUCGGAUGAGGUGGAUUCAAAUGAGGAAUCAGAUGAGGAAUCAGUAGAGGAAUCAAAUGAGGCUUCAGAGGAGGAAGCAGAAGAGGAAGUAGAAGCGGAAGUACAAGCGGAAGUACAAGAGGAACUUAGUGAAGGAUUAAAGGACAUACACGAGAAGCUUGAUGCACAAGAUAAAAGAAUCAUAGCUGUUGAAGCAUUUGUGAAGAAUGCACAAGAUAGUGUACCUGAUAUGGAUGAUGAGUGGAGAUGUAAUGAUGUUGGUUAUGAUUUCAGUUUUGAUAGGGCUGGAAUAGAUCAGGAAGGAGCAGAUACUGCUGGUAAAGGAGCAGGGAGUGUUGGUAAAGAAGCAGGAGAAGAAGAAGCAUGGAGUGUUGAAGCAGGUAAUAGAUAUGUUGUCAUGGAGGGGGAAGUAGGUGUGAGUGAACCAGAGGGUGAUGUCAUGGAAGAAUCUGAGAGUGAGAUGGACCCGAAUGUGAUCGCUGCGGAAAGUCACAUUGAAUCAGAGGGUAAGACUGAUGAGGUUGGUUAUGAAGAAAUUGUGCGUACUCCUAGUAAACUGGUGAAGAGAGGAAAUCAGAAACUGAAAAUUUUAUCAUCUCAGAAGAAGAGGAUUAGAAGGCCUUCUCGUUUCCAACUGUCUCCUUUUGAUCAUUAG